AGUACCUCAAAGAUCUGACUGACGGUUCUGCACAAGCCUACCUGCCAUGGGCUGUCGGGAUGUCCAUGCAGCCACAGUCCUCUCCUUCCUGUGUGGAAUCGCCUCGGUAGCAGGCCUCUUUGCGGGGACUCUGCUUCCCAACUGGAGGAAAUUACGACUGAUCACAUUCAACAGAAACGAGAAGAAUCUGACUGUGUACACUGGCCUGUGGGUGAAGUGUGCCCGAUAUGAUGGGAGCAGUGACUGCCUGAUGUAUGACACUACUUGGUACUCAUCAGUUGACCAGCUGGACUUGCGGGUCCUCCAGUUUGCCCUGCCUCUCAGCAUCCUGAUUGCGAUGGGUGCCCUGCUGCUCUGCCUGAUCGGAAUGUGCAACACGGCCUUCAGGUCCUCAGUGCCCAACAUCAAACUGGCCAAGUGUCUGGUCAAUAGUGCAGGCUGCCACCUGGUGGCCGGGCUGCUGUUUUUCCUGGCAGGUACUGUGAGCCUCUCGCCUUCCAUCUGGGUCAUCUUUUAUAACAUUCAUCUGAACAAGAAGUUCGAGCCAGUCUUUACGUUUGACUACGCAGUGUAUGUCACUAUGGCCAGUGCUGGGGGCCUGUAUAUGACUUCCCUUCUACUGUUUAUUUGGUACUGUGCAUGCAAAUCUUUGCCUUCUCCUUUCUGGCAGCCACUGUACUCCCAUCCUCCCGGUAUGCAUACCUACUCACAGCCCUAUUCAGCACGCUCCCGCCUCUCUGCCAUCGAAAUUGACAUUCCAGUAGUUUCACACACCACCUAAUGGGGAAAUCGUUAGUUCUCAGAGAAAACUUGUAGCCUCACAUUUCCCUUGUACAAGGACCCGUAUACAUUUUCCUUUGUUUCUGACCAGUCAAUGAAGCCAAAUUUGUAUGUCCUGGUAGAAUGAAGUGCUGCUAGUUUUAUGAAAAGUAC